CCUUUUUGGCUACUCAGCUACCCAGCUACCUUCUAUAUCUAGUCGGGCGCCGCGACCGGAUUUACGGAAGCAACGUGCGAUUGACGAACCAACAAGGCUAAGCAGAUCCAAGCCUGGCCUAUCUCAGUCCAAGUUAGCCUUCGUCUUAUAAUACAAUAAGAUCUACAUCUAUGUAUUGUACAGCUUACCCUUACCCUGUCAUUAUCCUACUCUUAUCUAUCAUCAUUUAUCAUCAUAACUAUACUAAAACUGCAGGGUCCCUCCGAGAAGCGUAUUCCCAGGUGCUCAGCCUCAUAAAAUAUCUCGAGACGCGGCGCCUACGUCUAAUUGUUUCACCAAUGGCAGUUCAAUUGACGUCAAUUAUAUUCUUGGAACUCUUCACUGCCCCUAUUCGGGUCAGCCGUCAACAGCCAGCCUUACUAUGAUCUGUUUUCAUUAUUUGCCAUCCAGGCUCGUGAGAUAUAAAACUUACUCUCGGAUCGCCGAAAUCUCCGCGGCUCAUCCGGG